UCCCCGCUUUAUUAAUCGAAUUGUGCCAACCAGAUUCGUAACGAUGAGAAGACGUGCCGGAGUCGGAGCCAUCCAGAAGCAGCGCCAGGAGGCGGAAAAGUACAAGGACAAGGGCACCGAGCUGCAGGAAUCGCAGUUCGAGCAGAUGGUGAAGCAAAUGGACGCCCUGAAGGAGAACCUCGAAGACUUUGCCGCCAAGCAUCGGAACGAGAUCAAAAAGAAUCCCCAGUUCCGGCGCCAGUUUCAGGAGAUGUGUGCCGCGAUCGGUGUCGAUCCGCUCGCGACCGGCAAGGGUUUCUGGAGCGUCCUGGGUAUGGGCGAUUUCUACUACGAACUGGGCGUGCAGGUUGUCGAGGUUUGCCUAGCCCACAAUCACCUGACCGGUGGUCUAAUGGAACUGAACGAACUACGGAACCGGCUGGUGGCUGCCCGGGGAAAGCGCCAAAUUCACCAGGAAAUUACGGACGAGGACAUUCUGAUGGCCACGAAGAAGCUGAAAAUAUUCGGCAACGGGUUCACGGUGUACCCGGUCGGCAAGUCGCACAUGGUACAAUCGAUACCGGGCGAGCUGAGUCUGCAGGAAACGGCCGUACUGAGUGCGGCCUCCAAUCAGGGGCAGGGUUACGUUACCGUGUCGUCGCUCGUGAAGGAACUGAGCUGGACGGAAGCACGAGCACAGCAGGCCAUCGAGAAAGUGCUCGGCGAAGGAAUGGCGUGGCUGGAUGAACAGGGCCAUGAGAAGUCCUACUGGUUCCCGAGCUUGUUUGCUGGCAGAUUGUCGGCGAAAGGAUGAAGGAUCCCCAUUCGAUCGCAGCAAAACAAAAGUUGCCGUAGCGAUCCAAUUCACGCAAUCGCUACCGUCCCUAAGCUUUAAAUGUAUCUACUUUUACCGCUGCUAAGGUAAUAAAAUCAACGGAUUUCG